ACUCUUAGUUAUCAUACCCUUUAUUCUAUAUAAAAUCGUUCCUAAAUGUAAAAUAGUUGCGAUGAUUUCUUUUAACAAACGGUCAUGUGUUUUUGACAGAGUGGAGAAGCGACGAUGGUUCUUGGAUUAAAGGAACAAAUAUUCUUGCAAUAAUGCAAGAAGCAUGUGAAAUUAUUAUUGGGAUAAAGCCCAAAUAUUUUGUGUUCACAAAAAAAAUAAGACCACAAAACUAGAAAAUUUUGGUCUAGAAAAAAGAAUGAAGCAUGAGAAAAUGAAAAUGGGGAUGGUCUCUCACUGCAUUCUUGGCUUGUCUCUCUUGAUUUUAGUGGGAGCCGUUUUUUACCUCACAGGUGACUUCUUAGGCUUCUUGGAUCUGCAGAAGCAGCUGAAGAAUGCAUGUAACGACGCUGGAAAUGAUGCUCCGGUGUCGUAUGAUGAGGAGGCGAGGCCGAGUUUGAGUCGGAGGUGUAACUUGUUUGAAGGGAGAUGGGUUUUUGACAACCAAACAGUUCGUUUGUAUGAAGAGAGGAAUUGCUCGUUUAUGCUGCCUGAGUUUGCUUGUGAGAGGUAUGGUAGGAAAGAUUUCAAGUAUCGGAAUUGGAGGUGGCAGCCUCAUCACUGUGAUCUUCCGAGAUUCAACGGAACAGCGUUGUUUGAGAAAAUAAGGGGGAAGAAGGUCGUGUUCGUGGGUGACUCGUUGAAUCGGAACCAAUGGACAUCGAUGCUCUGCUUGAUGGAGUCUGCGGUAGGGCUGGCGUCGCCUAGAAGGGUUGUUCGAGAUGAGAAUAUGCAUACGUUCGAGUCAAUUGAAUAUAAUGCUACGAUCGCAUUAUAUUGGUCUCCGUUUUUGGUGGAGUCGAAUUGCGACGAUCCAAUUAUUCAUCGUGUUAAGGAUCGGGUCGUUAGAUUGAUGGGGAUAGAAAAGCACGCUAGGCACUGGAACGAUGCAGAUAUACUCGUCUUCAAUUCCUACUUGUGGUGGACGGAUCCGAUGACAAUCGCAUGGGGAACAUCUUUAGGGAGCUCCGAUACAAGAAACAAGACGGUGGAUAAGAUGAGCACUCGUCUCUACGAAAUGGUCCUCGACGUGUGGUCAGAUUGGCUAGAAAUCAACAUUAAUCGAACUAAAACAAAGAUGUUUUUCAUGAGCCCUUCUCCUUUUCAUCUCUACGGUGAAACAUGGGAGGAGCAACGCAAUUGCUACAACGAAACAGAGCCAAUUUUGGAUGAGAGAAUUGGUCUUUCAAUAGUCGGAGCAAGAAUGAGAGCAGCAGAAGUAGCUCUGCAAAAGCUAGGGAGUCGAGGCAUAAACAUAGAAUAUCUGAAUAUAACUCAUUUGUCGGAAUAUAGAAAGGAUGCUCAUCCAUCGAUUUACAAGAACUUUUUUCACACUGUAAGCAAGGACCAACUAUCGAACCCCUCCAGCUAUUCCGAUUGUACUCAUUGGUGCCUGCCAGGAGUCCCCGAUGUUUGGAAUCACAUACUUUAUUCCUAUAUUAUCAAUUCUUGACAUGGAUCCACAUUAGGUAAAAGAGUAUAUGUAUAUCUACCAUUUUAAGUUUUACAGAACAGAACAUUACUUUGUGUACGUAUCGAGAACAUGUUGAAUGCAUUCAAGAUAAUUGAUGGAUGCAAUCUGCCACCAAGAUCCACCAUUUUAGCCUACCAUUUUCUGGGUUAGAAGAAGAUCAAUUGAACGCUUAACCUCCCAACAAAAGAAAAUAUACUGUAAACAAAUAAUGUAUUAGACUUGAUUUGCUUCAUCAAUAGAUAUAUUUAUUCCAUUUA